UGAAUACUGACAGCGCCUGAGGACUCCAAGGAGAGAGGGAAGGGUGGUGGGAUUCUGUGCAAAACAUCUAAUGCCUCCAGAGUCGGACAGGAAAUGAUGGGUUUUUUCCAGUUGCUUCCAUGUGCCCAAUGUAACUGCAGACUUUCCCCUGUCCAGUGGGAAGCUGCUGCUCUGUAACUGUCCAUAGGCAAAGGAGUUGCUGCUGUUCAUUCAUGCCUGAGCUGCAGGAAUCACGUUUGUGACUCAGCCCCGUGGAGGCCUCGAGGUUUGUGGGCCGUGUGCUUCAGCCUCUGGCACGGAGUUGGCUGCCAAUUCAGGAGGCCGCAAGUGCUGAAUUGCCAAAGUUGUUUUAGAAACUGAGCAAAUGGGCACAAACCAAAACCUCCCUCGGGUGGAUCUCUGUUGGCAGUGCAAUAUUUGGCUUCGUCCCCAGCGUGCCUUGCUCUAAACCGGUUUUCUGCUCAGGUGUGGGCUCGCAUGGCUUCAUGCGAAAUGGAAGCACUUGCCCUGAAAUGGCGGAGUGCAGAGUAAGACACCUUCCAACUUCAAGGCCCCGUUGGCUGCUCUGUGGGAUGGAAUGGGGAAAAAAAACUGGUGGGUCAGAACAGGGAGCGCUGUAUGCAAACCAUCAAUCCUCUCCUGGGCUUGAGAGCCUCUGGGACCACGGCCACCCUCCUUUGCAUCCUGCUCCUCCUGCCAUAGGGUUCCCCUGCCUAAGGGUGAAGUACUUGAGCCUGUAACAAAGCAAGCCAAAGCAAGUUUGUGGGGAACAUGGAAUCUGGCCUAACGUUAAUUCUGAAGCUUUUCUGCAAAUACUGAAUAAAAAGCAGGAAAGCCAAAGGUGGGGUGUUUCCAACAGCCCAAGGGAGAAGAUGGAUUUUCUCUGAAAUAAAGAAGAAGAGGAAGGAGCAUAUUCAAGAGGCUGUGCACAACGGCCAGGAGCGUGGGAAAAAGGGUUCCAUGUAUGAUGGUUUGGCUGAUGGCGUCAACUAUGGGACUGCCCGGGGCAGCUAUUAUGCCAAAGCCCAGACAGGAAACAGCAACUGGGGGUAUCCGAUGUACAACGGGACCCUUAAAAGAGAGACCGACAACCGACGCUUCAGCUCUUACAGUCAGAUGGAGGGCUGGGGCAACCGGCACCACAGCAAAUCCGUCUGCAGCCCCACCAGCCCCGGCGGCAACUACUGCCUUAAGAGCAGCCGGAGUGAGCCUGACCUGUGCUGCGAGCCUCCCCGGGGCACGCUCAGGAGAAACCAGAUGGGAAGCCAGGCAGUGCAAAAGGCAACCCUGAACCGCCAGAGCAUGUACAGCACCUGCAGCACCCACCAUGGGACUGCUCGGAAACCCCUCCCGGACCGCAAUCUCUCCUGCUCUUUGGGCAACAAGCCGGAUGCGUUGUACGCCCAGCCUGUGACGAGCGGCAGGCAGGAUGGGGUGUAUGGGCAUUCUAUGUCCAGCUCCAGAAUAUGCAAUGAUGAGCUGGACAGCGUGGCAAUGACCAUCCAGAAAGCCAUACAGCUCCUGUGCUCCUCCGAUGAGAAAUCUCAAGCCAUGGGUGCGUACUACCUCCAGCACACCUGCUUCCAGGAUGAAUCUGCCAAGCAAGAGGUCUACCGGCUGGGUGGAAUUGGCAAGCUAAUAGAACUCCUCCGCAGCCCAAACCAAAAUGUCCAGCAGGCUGCAGCUGGGGCUCUUAGAAACCUGGUCUUCAGAAAUCCUGCCAACAAGUUAGAAACCCGACGGCAGAAUGGGAUAAGGGAGUGCGUGAGCCUCCUGAGGAGAACUCCGAACACUGAAAUACAGAAACAGCUGACAGGGCUGCUUUGGAACCUGUCCUCCACUGAUGAGCUUAAAGAAGAUUUGAUACACGAAGCCCUCCCUGUCUUGACAGAUUAUGUUAUCAUCCCUUUCUCGGGGUGGUCUGAUGGGGUCAGUAAUAGGACAAGAGAAAUUGUUGACCCCGAGGUGUUCUUCAAUGCUACAGGCUGUUUGAGAAACCUGAGUUCUGCAGAUGCUGGACGUCACACCAUGAGAAACUACCCUGGCCUGAUUGACUCAGUCAUGACUUAUACCCAGAAUUGUGUGGCUGCCAGCCGGCCCGAUGACAAGUCCGUGGAGAACUGCAUCUGUAUCCUGCACAAUCUGUCCUACCGCCUGGAUGCCGAGGUGCCCAAUAAAUACACCCAGCUCAACCAUGUGGCCAGGAAUGCCUAUGUGGACAAGACCCUCACAGGCUGCUUCAACAGCAGGAGUGGGAAGUUGGAGAACGAUGAGUAUGUUCUACCCAUUCCCGAUGAGGAGUACAAACCCAGAGGGCCCAGCUGGCUCUACCAUUCUGAUGCCAUCCGCACAUACCUGAACCUGAUGGACCAGAGCAAGAAAGAUGCCACCCUAGAGGCCUGUGCUGGGGCCCUGCAGAACCUCACUGCAAGCAGAGGACUGAUGUCCAAUGCAAUGAGCCAGCUGAUUGGCUUAAAGGAGAAGGGUUUGCCUCGUAUAGCACGGCUCCUCCAAUCCAGUAACAGUGAAGUUGUCCGAUCUGGGGCUUCCUUGCUGAGCAACAUGUCCCGGCAUCCUAUUCUCCACAAAACCAUGGCUCCCCAGGUGCUUCCAGAUGUGUCCCGUCUCCUGGCCUUCCAGUCUGGGAACAACAGCAACUUUGGAGAUAUCAUGACCUCUGCUUGCUACACCAUGCGGAAUCUAAUCAUGUCCAACCCGCAGAUGGCCAAGCCUUACUUGACGAGCAGCAUGCUAAAUAAUGUAGUAAACCUGUGCCGAAAUGGCUCCUGUCCAAAAGCAGCUGAAGCCGCUCGCCUCCUGCUGGGUGAUCUGUGGUCACACAGGGAGCUCCAGGGCAUUCUCAAACAGCAAGGAUUCGAUAAGAACAUGUUGGGAUCCUUAACCGGGAGCGCUUUCAGGACCCUGUCUUCCAGAUUCUAAGAAGAGACCUUCAGCACAGGUUCAGCCUGCAGAGUUUGUCGUUGGUUCGUGUCUGGAAUGACUUAAUCCUCAAGGGAUUAGUUAGGACAUUACAGAUAUACAGUGUUUAUAGAGUUAAUCCAACUGUAAAGCAAACUAAAUAUAACAUUUUUUGUGUGGUUGAUACAGAUAUUUGAAAGCAUUUUGGGGGGAGGGCGGGGGGAGGAGGAAUUUGAGUUUAAAGUUUUCUGAUGUCUAUAACUCUUUUUUUCAAAUUGUGUGUGUGUGUUUAGACACACAGAGACACACACACAGUGGGAUUUUCCAAAGAGAUCCCUAAAACAGUUAAUCCCACAAUUAUCACUGAAAGCCAAUGGGCGUUGUGCACCUUCACCCCCUUAGGCACUUACGAAAAUCCCACCAUAUAGAUGUGUGUAUGUAUAUAUGCACUAAACACAACUGUACCAACCCAUGUCACAACCCAUUCUUAUGCAAAUGUGUAAAACUACUAACUAUAUGCUAUGUGUUUAUUCCAUUGUAGAUGGCCACUGUAGACAGAUACAAACCAUAAUGUUUUAGAUGGCUGGUUAUUUCUAAACUUGGUGGACAUGGGCUUCUUUCUGCUUUCGACUCUUUGUCAAGUCAGCUUUCAUAUUCAGAGAUAAGUAUUUUCUCUCAUAGGUUACAUGGUUUCUAAAUCUCAAGAAGCAAAUUCAUGUCUGAGAAAUAUCACUGGAAGCAGGGCCUCGGAAAAUCUUCUCAUAAGCUGUACGUUACUGCAUGGAAGCUGCGGAGACUGCAAAGCAUUUAAGACACCACAGCAAACAUAAAAGACACGCAUCUUACUAAAUACCGCCAUUGCUUUCCUAAUAAUGCUGUAACUGGCAAAGCUUGGCAUUAGAUAGGCUCAGCUCGACAAAGGGACAUGACAUUGUUUCCCAGGGCCAUUGUGCACACUAAAUGGGGAUAAAAGGCAAAGAAAAACAGCUGUUUUAUCACUGUUGGUAGAAACCAACAUAAACUAGUAGUAGUUGAGUGGUUAAAGAAGUUAAAGAGAGCUCUUUAAGGAAGGACAGUCUGGAAUACUUUCUGGUCUCAGAUGCUAUCCAGUUCAUCCUGUAUGUGGUAGAAAAGACCUAAAUUUAUUCUUAAUCAAUCGUUUCUUCUAUGACAUUAACAGGAUGAAACCGAUGGCUCUGUCUUGCUCUUUUGAAAAAGUCCACACUAUCUCCAGUGCUGUUGAGCGAACAUGUGUUGUUUGGGGAAAGGUUUAGGUUCAAUGGAAUACAUUUGCAGAAGGCCUGUCCUAGGUGUCCUGUUUGUUUAGCACAAGCAAGUCAUUCUACAGAUUCCACGGCUCGCUGGAGCUCCUGGAAAGAAAUCAUUAAGGAAGUGAGUGAGAGAAGGAAAAUAAUGCAAGUGUUUUGUUGGGAGGCAAAAGUCUAGGGUCAGCUCCGCAGCUGGGGCAAUGCAACAUAGUUCCGUUAUUGGCAGUGGAGUUUUGUCAGUUUACCGCAGCUGGGAUCUGGCUCACCGAGUUUAGGUUGGUCCUGCUAUGCCUAUUCUCUAGGUCUGAGCAAAGGGGCAGAACUUGCACCCUUUUGGAGUACAAUGGAAAGGGGGGUCUCCAGCCAGGGUAAAAAGGCAAGAAGGAAAUGGUAGAGUGGAAACUCUUAGCCAGUUGAUUUUUCACUUGGGAUGCAAAAGGUAUUUUUAACCCUUUGCACCUUGAUGAGCAACAUCUCUUUGCCUAUACCCACACAUGUUUAUUUCUGAACUUUCUAUGCAAGGAUGUCAGACAAGUGAAACAGAUGGAGAAUAAAGCCUCCCUGGGGUAGAUUUGUGAACUUUGUAGGCUAAACAAAAUCAUAGUCCCAGUCUCAAGAGGGAAUUUGGCCCAGGGACAUGAUGCCAUCAUACCUUUCAAAUAUGUAACCAUCCAUUUAUGUGGUUCAAAAUGUUCUUAGGAGAACAGCAAACUUUGUUUGUGCAAGAUAUCUUUUCAGUUUUAAAGUGCAUUGUGCAUAUUUUUGGCAGGCAUCACAUUUCUCAUUACUGGUGGUUGUAGGCACAAUCUGAACAAUUGUACGCUUACAGUUUGUGCAUGCAGUUGCGCGUGUAAAUGGGGCACACUCCUUUGAAAUUCUGGAGCUGAAUGUCCAUAGCUGUAAAGUUAAUAGGGACAUCCUGCUGACCUGUUAAAUGCAUCAAUGGCAGACUGAGGGAAUCCCAGUGUAAUUUUGCAGUUCAUUGAUAUACGGUGCCUUUAUUUUAAGGCACCACCACUGUCAGUUGUAGAGUAGCAGAAUGUAGUAUAUCACUUUAGUUAAGGCACAAAUAGCUGUAAUUUGUUACUUUAUAAAGACGAUAGGAUUUUAUUAGUAAUUACUAAACUCAAAGGGCCAGAUACCUGGUAUAAAUUCCAUUACUUCAGUAGAGAGUUUUAUCUAAAACUAACAGCUAGCUUCAAAAACAUUGUCCCUUUAGUGUGGGGUUAGUUACUGACUCACAUAAGAAAGCCCAUUAAUCUGAUAUGGCAAAUCACACAUUAUCAGCCAUCUCUGUGCUCCCAGAGCUAUUUUACAGCUACUAUUCCCGGUAAAAAUGGGUGAUAUUAGACUGUGUUCUCCCUGCUCACCAUGGUGUGAAUCUGGGGUAACUCUACUGAAGUCAAUGGAACAAUGCUGGUAUAAAACGGUUGUAAGGAAAAUCAGGCCCACUGGGAUAACAGAGGUCACUGCAACCAAUUGGCUGGGUGUCCCCCCCAAAGCAUUUAUUUGCCAGAGAAGAACAGAGUUCAGCAAAAUAUCUGACACGUGGUAAGGGUAUAACUCUCACUUCCCAGUAGUAACGCUGUACUGUUUAGAGAGACGCUGUUUCGUAAAUGCAUAUCUUUAACUGUGACAUCCUCCUCGACAGUAUAUUCUCCCCCCUCAUUCUAAGUAUAUUUUGAGCCAAGGAUUUUUUGUUUGUUGGUGGUUGAAUGCCAAAAUUGGGCUUAGCAUACCCCCAAAGCAAUACUAAUGAGAACAGGCCCAGUGUACAUAGCAUGUGCUCUUGU